GAAACUUUUAUGGAGUUUCUCUAUGUCCAUUUUAUAAUUUUUUAGUUUGAAAUUUAAUAACUCUCUAUUUUUUAGAUUUUGCUAAUAUGGAGAAAACUGAAGAAAAUAGAGAAAACUUGAGGAAUGUGGAGCUGAAUUUAUCUUUGUUGUUUUCAGGUGGAUCAAGUGGAUCACAAAGAAGUGUUGCUUCAAAUUUGACUCAGCUUGAAUCCCAACAACCACCUAAUGGAUGGGAAAGUGCUAAAGAAGUUGGAGAGAAGCUGAGGAAGUUCUUGCACUCCAUGCCUUGUGUUUUUUAUGAUGGACCAAAUGGAAAGAAGACUAAAGGAUACUUAUUAUACUCGUCUGUGAGGAGAGAAGAUCUAAAGAUAGUUUGUGCUUGUCAUGCUAGUUUUCUGACCCCAGCUGAAUUUGUCAAACAUGGUGGUGGAGGUGACGUUGAAAACCCUUUAAAGCAUAUAGAUAUAGUUCUUGCCUGAAAAAUGGACUAGCUGCUUUAAUAUGGUUGUUAUUUGAUCUUUUCCUUUGUUGUUCUAAAUAAGUUCAAUGGCUAUUGCCCAAAAAGGCCUUAGCUUUGAUAUCGUUGUUAUUUGAUCUUUUAUUUUGUUGUAGAAGACUAAGUCUCUUCCAUCAAAGCUAUAUUAAGGUUAUU